AUGUUCAAGGCUCUCAUCGUCGCUCUUGCCGCCGUCGCGGCCGCCAUCCCAACUCAGCAGCCUAGCAGCAAUGAGAUGAAUUGCGACAGCGGCGUGUAUUGCUGCAACAAAGUGGCGCAAAACACUGGCAUUGUCGUCCCCAUCGACGCCCUCAGUUCCACUUGCGGCGACACGCUGAAACUUGUUACAGUUGACGCCCUCAAUGACAAAUGCACCUCGCAGACUGUCUGCUGCAACAAUGUCCAGCAAAAUGGUCUUGUCAACGUGGCCUGCACUCCCAUCGAUGUGUAA